AUGGAACUCAUGUCCAACGCUAUUGUCAUCCCCUUCCACGACCUCACAUUCUUCUUGUCUUCACUUUUCUGUCUGUCUUUGGUCGGAAGUAUCACCGGUUUCCGGCUAGACCUCAUUCAUCGUGAUUCCCCUGGCUCCCCGCUUCAUGACCCUAAUGCUUCAAGCUAUGACUUAUUCAGGCAAGCCACUCUCCGCUCCAUUUCCCGCCUCCAACACUUCAACUCAGUCUUUGUCGAAAAAUCUUUUUCGUCAAAACUUAAGAUGAUAGUGACUCCGAUUCCUAGUGAAUACCUCAUGAAAGUUGGGAUCGGGACCCCGGCAAGAGAACUCCAGUUCCUUGUCGACACUGGAAGUGAUAUUGUUUGGACACAAUGCUUGCCGUGCACAUCAUGCUUCAACCAAACAUCACCGACCUUUGAUCCCACAAAGUCGUCAACUUAUCGAAAGAUCGGUUGCUCAGAACCCCUCUGCAAAUAUCUUCAGAUGCCUUGCACGAACGACUGCCAAUACUUAGCAGCCUAUGCUGAUAAAACAUACACUAAGGGGAUAUUAUCAUCCGAUACCUUCACCUUUCAAGAUAUUAGUGCUAAUACGAAAAACAUUCCUAGUAUUAAGACCGGUGCAGAUGCCUUAACCUCUUUUGAAGGAAUUGGAUUUGGGUGUGGUGAUAAUAAUUCUAAAACUUUUAGCGCCACGGAUGGGCUUGUCGGGCUCGGGGGUGGGCCCAUGUCCCUUAUUAGCCAAUUAGGGAACUCCAUCAACAAGACGUUCUCCUACUGCCUAGCACCAAGUGGUUCAGGCAAGCUUAGUUUUGGCUCUGAUGCCCUUAUUUCAUCGAGCUAUAUCAAGUCCACACCGAUUUUUCGGCUUGGGGAUCCAACAUAUUACAUCUUGUAUCUCCAAGAGAUCAGCGUCGGCUUAAAUCGCAUUGGUAUCCCUUCAGGAUUUUUCGAUCCCAAUAACCCCAAUGGAAGCAAGUUGGUCAUCGAUUCUGGCACCCCAAUGAAUGUGCUGGCCCAAGUCGUUUACGACUUGUUGAUUCAAGCAUUGCGCGAAGCUAUCAAACAUCCGGCAACCAACGACUCCGGCCUGUGCUACAAAAUGGAAACGCUCGGUGACCUUGCCGAAAUUCCGAAUAUGACAUUCCAUUUUUAUGGCGGUGCGGAUUGGAUUGUGUUUCCUGAAAAUUCUUUUGUGGAGGUGUUUGAAGGGGUCGUUUGCUUAACUACAUGGAGCGUUGCCUCAUUUUCCAUUUUUGGUAGCAAUGUGCAGAGGAAUAUGAAUGUGAAUUACGACCUUGAGAAUGAGAAGCUUUCCUUUGCUCCUGCUCAAUGUAACAAGAUUUAG